AUAACUACAAGUAGCGCCUCUUCGACCUUCUUCUUCUACUUCGUCUCCUUCUUUCUCUCUCUCUCUCUCUCUCAAAGUCGACUCACAAGGAAACAAUCUCAGUCCAUACAAAUUUCUCUUCCAAUUUCCAUCUAUAAAAUUCUUCAGAUUUCCCAGAAACAGAAAUGGUUCUUGCACAACUAUUCUGAAGAUAUCUCUCUCUAUUAAAUUCUUCCGUUCCAUCUAUUUUUCCACAUAUGUUCAUCUCCUUCUCCUUCUCUUGAGCUACACACACCCCCUUUCCAUUCCAAAUUCCAAACCCUUUUGAGCUUAAUCACCGUUGUUUUUCCUCUGUAAUUUCCAACCCAAUGUCACACAUUUCUCUCCCUUAUCUUAUUUCGUUUCAUUAAUUUAAUUAAUUAUCGAUAACGCUCCUUGUAUUCUCCUCAACCCCACCUCACCAGCUGUGGCAUAAUUUGCGCUUUAUUUUCUCAAUCCUCGAUCGUUUCUUUGGCUCAAAGGGUUCUUGGGUUGCUUUGGAUCUAAUUCUUGUUCCAUUAUCCCAUAUUGCUCCGUAAAUUUGAAGUGGGUUUGUUUUGUUUGUGCCCAAAAUUAAUAUUUUGAUUGAUCACUCAUGCUUGAAUCUCAGCUGAAAAACCCAGCUCGGGCCGGGACUGGGGUUUCACAAUCUCUGCAGAAACAAGUGGCUCCAAAUGAUAACCCUGGUCAACCAGAAUCGCCCUUCUCCAUAAGACAGUAUGUUCUUGAUUGUCGCCAGAAAGAUGUAUUUUCUAACUGGCCAUUUCCAGAGAAAUACUUGCAAAUUUGUCUCGACCAUGGUAUUAGCGAUGCAUUGCCGCCCUUUGAAUCCCAUACUUCAGCUAUCAAAUCGAUCAGAGGAGCGGUAGGUUUGAAUAGUACUCAACAAGAUGAUAACAAUGCUGUUGACUUUGAAAGCGGAGUACCAGAUAUCAUUGAGGAGACUGAAGAUGGGAGUAAACUAUACUCUGACAAUGAGGAAGCAAUAUCAAAACUUUCAAAUCAGCACUGCCAUUUCUCUCCUUCGAAUAGUAGUCGUGAGCGUGAAGAAAACAAGGCGGACUUUAGUUCCCACAUAUCAUCCAAUAGCAUAGUUUCAACUGAUCAACCUUCAACUACAAUACCAAGUUCACACCUUAAUGUUGUUGGGUGCAAUGAAACUUUGACUUCUUCUAGGAAGCCAAGGCAUAUGAAAAAACGACACAAGGGUAAGCAUAAGAAGAGGUCGAUGGGGAAUAUCUUAGAUGUAGCCAAGCCUUGUACACCGGAGGAUCUCCUUAGAAUUAAAAGAUUGUGCUGUGUUUCAAGCGUACCUCUUGAGAACGGGGGUGAAGGAAUUGAGACUUUGAUCGAUGCUAAGCAAGAUUGCAACUCUGAUCUAACCAAGGAUUACUCGAGUGAAAAGCCUGAGAGAGAUGGUAGUGAAGCAGCGAAUCUCAGCAUGCAGUCCAGCAAAAAAUUUGUAGUGAAGUUCACGUUUAGCGGUUGCAAAUCGAAUGUCUGAAACAUAUAUUAAAAAUAUCGCACAUUCUAUGAGGUUUGUCCUUCAUGGCUUAAGAUCUCUGUGCAAGAAAAUGGAUUUUGUCAAAAUUUAUUCUUUUAGUAUAGUUUAGUUAGAAAGUCCAGCACCAAGAACUUCUCGGUUGGGCGUGACGUACGUUAUUUAAAGGAUGCCUGCUCGACGGUGGGGUGCAUCCAGCUGUUUAUCUCAAACCAUAUCCAAGCUAAGGAAAACACAUAUGGCCUCUUGCAUUUCCAGCCAAGGUUCAGAUUUCCUCCGGAGAGCACGCCACAAAAUAUUGCCAUUGCCAUAUGAUGCCAACUUAUUCAUCGUUGAGUUCCACGGGAUUGAGAUAGCUGAGUGGUCAUGGUCAUCUUUUCAAGUCAUUUUCUUUCCUUGAUGAAUGCCACCGAGCUAAUGCACCUGUUGUGACAUGUCAGAAACCUAUACUUGCUCACUCAAAAUGUCCUUCUAUGACUCGACGAUAACUCAACAAAGUAGAUGGUUCCAUUGCCCUCAAGCAGUUAACAAUCUUAUUGACGAGACAGUGUUACCGUAGCAGUUUCUUCUUUUAUUUUCUUUUGAGUGGAUUCCCAGAGAAUGUACUUGUACUAGGGUUGCUCACACUUUGUCAUCUUUUACUCCUUGUCUUGAUUCUUAUUUACAUUCUAAUAUUAUUGAGAA